UCUCUUUUCAAACACACCUCUCUUUUCCUCGCUGUCGUGCAUUUACAUUGUGGUUAUCUCACCAAAAAAAUGCCAAGAAGGAGCACUUAUGCAGAUCAUUCCCGAGAUCCCCGAGCUGAGGAAGAAGAAGAAGAAGAAGAUUACUACGAAGUGUUCCUGAGCUUUUGUGGGGGAGACACUCGUACUGGCCUGACUGACAACCUUUACAGGAAACUGGUUGAAGCGGGAGUCUACGUCUACAGAGACAACAACGAGCUCCAUAUAGGUGAGGUGUUCGGCCCAGAGCUUCUCAAUGCGAUUCCGCGAUCUGGGAUAUUGAUCCCAAUCCUCUCGGAAAACUACGGCUCAAGAGAAUGGUGCCUCCGUGAGCUCACACAAAUGAUGGAGUGCAAGAGAAACAAUGGAAGGUAGAUGGUGGUGCCUGUAUUUUACAAGGUGAAGCCAGCACACGUGCGGCACCAGACUGGGAUUUUCGGGGAGAGGUUCCGAUCCAGUACAAGGCGAUUCAAUGAACAAGUUGUGGAGGAAUGGAAGCAUGCGCUUGGAGAAGUCAGUUCCAUACUAGGAUAUGAAUAUGAGGAAGGGCAGGAAACAGAGAUGAUCAAGAAGGUAGUUAAGCAGGUUUGUUGCGAGUUAGAGGAAGCCCAUCAUCUCACCUAUUCCAUGGAAGCGAAGGUGAUAGCAAGACUGAAGGAGGAUUAUCACUGUGAGUUGACACGCCUCGUGGAAGAAAAUCGUGGUGCGGAGGAAAGGGAAAAGUUACAUCGCGAUUUUCAGGAUAGUCAGAAGAGGACACCGGUGCCGAGGAGCAUGCGGAGCGAUGGGAAAAUGGUGAGAAAUAAGAUACAGAUAACUUUGCAUGAGUAAUCGCAGCCUCGGAAUUGAGAUUCCAUGACUCACGACAGGAUGGAGUGAUUAAGUUCGUAAUGUAUUAUUACCUUGAAGGUUACUUCAAUUCAAACCCUAGUGACCUCAAAUUCAGUUGCUUUACCAUGCAUUUUUUUCUGGACCAGUUUCUUCUAUGUUUCGGUUGGGUUCAGUUUACAGUUCGUUGUUCAAAUUUCGUGUUACUUACUAUCUUGUUCCUGCUGAAUUUAUUUGAGUGUUGUAGUUGCACAAGCAUGUGAAUGCAUGGUGUAUAUUUGUUGUGAAUUGAUCAAUUGGAACGUGUAGGUAAGCUACAACCUCUUUCGAUUCAUGAGUAUAAAUUGGAGCAUAUUAUC